CGGUCUGUGUCAACAAAGGCUCAGUCGUCCUAUUGUUAUGCAAAUAUGCCGACUACCUGUGCCGUUGUUAAGUGUCACAACCGGUCGGGUCGCGAUAAGGUUAGCUUUUAUCGUAUCCCAGUUGUCAUGAAAGGUCAAGGCGAAGCAACUGAGAGGAAAAGCGAGUGUUGUAGACGACUCUGGCUUGCUGCAAUCAACCGGGCGGAUGUCGAUGAAAAAACAUGCAACCAGCUUCGUGUGUGCUCUGAUCAUUUCAUAUCAGGUGCAAGAAACAAAUAUGAUGAAACAAACCCAGACUGGGUUCCCAACAAGAAUCUGGGAUAUGAUGCAAAAUCUCCAACGAAGUCGGCGAUCCGCCACGAGAGGUUACAAAACCGAAAACAGACAAUUAAGAUGAAUGAAGCUGCAAUAUCUGUUUUCGGUUUCUGA